UUUUUCCCUCGCCGCCCCAAAACUUCAACUCUUCGUAAUAAUAAAAACGUUUUCAAAAACACUAACGUAGCAUCGGCGGAUCUUGCGGCUGUGCGCUCGCCACGUGUCAGGCCGCCCAACGGAUACUUGUUGGAGGAUACAAAGCCCGACCCGCCGCUGUCCAUCGAGGGUUUAGGUUUUGUGCUGGGGCGGCGCAUGGAUUUCCAGUCCCUUCCUCGGCGCCAGCUCCAAAUCCUCUGCAAGCAGCACAAGAUCCCGGCCAACACGACCAAUGUCGCCAUGGCGGCGGCAUUGCGCGACCUUGCUGAAAAGGGGGGAUGUGAAAUCGUGAUUCCGGAUGUGACGGCGCCCACGCCUUGCAAGUCUGCCUUGUCCACCCCAGUGGCCACUCCCGGCCGAGUCACCAGGAGCCAGGUGAAGCAGCAGCGUCAGCGUGACGAAAUAGUCAUGGAGAGGAAGGAGCUGUUCGUGGAGGAGAGGAGCUCUCGACGUCUCCCAUCCAAAGCAGCGGUUCAAGGUAAUGACGAGCAGGUGGUGAUACACUCCCAAGCUUCCGAGGUUAAGGUUGCCGCGAUUGGUCCCCUUGAGGAGACGAAUGCGGCUGGUGCUGAGGUGGAGCAGCUGGAUCUAUCUGACGCUCAGGGGGCGACCAAGGGCACCGGUGCCAAGGAGGAGCUGGCUGCGGGGAUCGUCUUGCCGCAUGCAUCGGGGAUUCCAAAGGAGAAGAAAGACAUCUGUGCCGAGGAGGAGGUGGCUGAGAUGAUCGUCCCGCUGGACAUUCUCGAAGAGAAGGAAGACGUCUGUGCCGAGGAGGGUAUUGCCUUGCCGGACAUUCUCGAGGAGAAGAAAGACACCUGUGCCGAGGAGGAGGGGAUCGUCUUGGCGGACAUUCCCGAGGAGAAGACAGUCACCUGUGCCGAGGUGCAGCAGCGUGAAAACCCGCCACAGCCCUGCGACAAUCAUCAUAACAACGGGCCACAGGCUGUGGACGCCUCGUCUUUCACUGGAGCUGAGCUUGUCGACCACCAACUUGUCUCGUCCAUGGACGGGGACGUAGCCGAAACGGAGAUGUCCAUGUCUGAUGACUCGCUGCAUCAUCUUCUUAGUCACGCCCCUCAAGGUCAGCUGCCAACGGCCGAGGAAGUAUUCCAAUCUGAUGGGUCAGAGGAGGAUAAGUGGUGCGGCCCAGAACUUUUGAUGGACGAUAUGUCUCUUGUUGGCGAGUGUCAGCUUAACCAAGAUCCGGCAGAGGUGGAGCAGCUGUCUUAUGCGUUAUCAACUGUCACCCUUGAGGAAUCCUCGGCUACUUCACCCAAGUCAAAAGCGAAAGUGGACAAGGAAAAUCUGCCUCUGGGAUUCGAACGAUUCAGCUUGAGACAGCUAAAGAAAUUUCAAAAGGAACUCUACGGGAAGAAAAAGAUGGAAAAGCCGAGCGUGACGCCUCUGUCUCCGAAUGUCAGCAAGAACAACUGUGCACACUAGCGAGCGACUGAUCGGAGGUAAAGUAGACGUAGGUGUGAGAUCAUUCGUCUUCAUGAUCCUCAGAAGAAGCGAAUAUCCGAAGAAUAUGAAUGCGGUCGGUCAUUAAGUGUCAUUUAUUGUUUCAA